AUGGUCUUCUCUUCCUCCGCGCCGCAGCCGCCGCCGGCGAGUGGCUGGGCUGGCCUUCCACGAGACGUCCUGUGGUCUGUCUUCACCGCGUUGGGGCAGCGCGAGGUCCUCUCCGGCGCUGGGCUCGCGUGCGCUCCGUGGUGGCGACUCGCGCGCCACGAGCCCGCCUUCUGGCGGCAGAUCGAUCUGACGACCGCGCCGGACGACUUCACGGUGGAGGUCGACGACGAUGAAGACACCAGCGACGAAGAAAGCAUGUGGAGCUUGUUCGGCGGCGACGACGACGACCUUCAAGGCGGGCAGAUCGAUCUGACGACCGCGCCGGACGACUUCACGUUGGAGGUCGACGACGAUGAAGACACCAGCGACGAAGAAAGCAUGUGGAACUUGUUCGGCGGCGACGACGACGACCUUCGAGGCGGGCAGAUCGAUCUGACGACCGCGCGGGACGACUUCACGUUGGAGGUCGACGACGAUGAAGACACCAGCGACGAAGAAAGUAUGUGGAGCUUGUUCGGCGGCGACGACGACGACCUUCCUGUUCCUAUUCGUAUCUGCGAGGAGAAAACGCCCAGCAAGGACUGCGACGACUCGUCGGCAUGGAAGGCGAUGGCGCUAGCUGCCGUCGACCGCAGCUCAGGAAAGUGCGAGGCUUUCUGGGGCCGCGCCGACGUUGAGGUCCUGCUCUACCUCGCCGACAGGGCGUCAUCUAUGAAAAGCCUCCGUGUGGCAUCACAUUACGAUGUGUCCUCUGAAGUAUUUGCUGAGCUGAUCAAGAAAUUCCCUCUGCUCGAGGAGCUAGAGCUAGUGCUAAAAUAUGAUGCCAUUGACACCAAGUCAGAACAACCAUUUACCAAUUCCUUGGUGGAGCUGUUCCAAUCCACUUGUAAAGCUUGCUGCCAUCUACAGCAUUUCACGGUGCGCUGUGCUGGCAAAAAGCAGGGCUCUGACAGCCCAACGCAUUUUUCAAUUCCAAUGAUGCACGGCCUACACUCUGUCGAACUUUCUGGUGACAGCUUAACCAAGGAUGUGGUGAUGCAGAUUGUCGACAACUGCCCUAGCCUCAAGUCUCUGAACAUUAGUGACGUGCACUACCAAGACCGGUGGGACGAGAAGUUGCUGAGGAACAAGUGCUAUAGGAUAAAAAAUCUCAGACUUCCAUCUGGGUGGUUUCAUGACUAUGAUAGCGAUGAAUCACUAUUUGACGUGUCAUGA